AUGAGUCUUUUUAGCUUCAGUUCACCGGCAGAUAUUGACAUUCGUUUUAAUGGAGAAGAACAGAGGAAAUUAGUAGAGGUCAAGGUUGAUAAAGAUCGCCGUGAAAAAUUUCCCCUGUAUUUUGAUGGAGAAACCGUAACUGGCAAAGUAACUAUCAGACCUCGCGAUGGAAAGAAGCUUGAACAUCAAGGAAUUAAAAUAGAAUUCGUAGGAAAUAUUGAGCUUUUCUACGAUCGAGGUAAUCAUUACGAAUUUACUUCUUUAGUACAAGAAUUGGCAGUACCUGGUGAAAUGCGUCAACCACACUCUUAUGAAUUCGAAUUCAAAAAUGUCGAAAAACAAUAUGAGAGUUACCACGGAAUAAAUGUUAAAUUGAGAUAUUUCGUCCGCGUGACUAUUUCAAGGCGUAUAACUGAUAUUGUAAACGAGAAAGAUAUAUGGGUUUAUUCAUAUCGUAUGCCCCCAGAUAGUAAUAGUUCUAUCAAAAUGGAAGUUGGUAUUGAAGAUUGUCUACAUAUUGAAUUUGAAUACAAUAAGUCAAGAUAUCACCUUAAAGAUGUAAUCGUAGGCAAAAUUUAUUUCCUACUCGUUCGUAUAAAAAUUAAACAUAUGGAAUUGUCAAUUAUUCGUCGUGAAACUACUGGCGCAGCACCAAAUCAAUAUAAUGAAAGCGAAACAAUUACUAAAUUUGAAAUUAUGGAUGGCGCUCCUGUACGCGGUGAAACAAUUCCCAUUCGUCUUUUCCUUGGAGGGUUUGAAUUAACUCCAACAUUCCGUGAUGUUAACAAAAAGUUUUCCACACGUUAUUAUCUUAAUCUUGUACUCGUUGAUGAAGAAAAUCGACGAUAUUUUAAACAACAAGAAAUUACAAUUUAUAGAAGAAAAAUUGACGAUGGCUUAUCUCCUGAUGAUCAAGAAUAA